CUGCUCUCGGCGGUCAUGGCGCUUUUCACCGGGCCGGCCAUCGCGCUCAACGCUACAGUGAUCAUCGUGUCCCUCGUGCACAAACAGCUGAGGCAACCGCUCAACUACGCUCUGGUGAACAUGGCCGCCGCGGACCUGGGCUCAGCCAUGACCGGGGGGGUUCUGUCUGUAGUCAACAACGCCCUGGGGUACUUCUCCCUGGGAAGGACAGGCUGCGUGAUGGAGGGCUUUGCGGUGUCCUUGUUUGGCAUCACGUCUUUGUGCACUGUGGCCCUGAUCGCCCUGGAGAGGAUGUUUGUCGUAUGUAAACCUUUGGGGCAAAUGAGCUUCCAAAAGAAGCACGCAGUCGGGGGCAUCGUCUUGUCCUGGCUCUGGUCCCUGACGUGGAACGUCCCCCCGCUUCUGGGCUGGGGCAGGUACGAGGCGGAGGGCGUCGGGACUUCCUGCGCGCCGGACUGGCACAGCCGAGACGCUCGCGACGUGUCCUACAUCCUGGUUUAUUUCACCGUCUGCUUUGCUCUUCCUUUCGCCGUCAUCUUGACGUCUUACGCUAAAUUAAUGUGGACGUUGCAUCAGGUAUCAAAGAUGACUUGCGUGGAAGGCGGCGCAGCGGCUAAAGCGGAACUGAAGGUGGCGUCCAUGGUGGUCAUUAUGGUCCUGACCUUCUUGAUAAACUGGAUGCCUUAUGCUGCUUUGUCCAUGCUGGUGGUGUACAACCCGCACGUCCAGAUUAGCCCGCUGGUUGCGACGGUGCCGGUUUACUUGGCCAAGAGCAGUACCGUGUACAACCCCAUCAUCUACAUCUACUACAACAAACAGUUCCGCAAGUACGCUGUGCCUUUCUUGCUGUGCGGCAAGGAGCCUCGACUGGAAGACGACGAUUCCGAGGCGGCCACCGUGGUGGAGACGACAGGCAACAAAGUGUCGCCGGCCCGAAAGCCCCAAACGGCUACGACGGUCGGAACCGCCUGACAUCGAUGCCUCGAUA